GUGACCUCGGCCAGACCGGAUGGACAAACUCCACCCUCACCCACAUCUCCAACUCCGACCACGACGUCCUCCUCCUCCCAGGGGACCUCUCAUACGCCGACUUCUACCAACCCCGUUGGGACUCCUUCGCCCGCCUCGUAGAACCACUUGCCUCACGCCGCCCAUGGAUGGUCACUCAAGGCAACCACGAGAUCGAAUCCAUCCCCUUCCUCGAACCCAAACCCUUCAGACCCUACAACGCUCGUUGGCACAUGCCCUUCGAGCAGGGCAACUCUCCUUCCAAUCUCUUCUACUCAUUCGACGCCGCCGGUGGCGAUGUCCACGUGCUCAUGCUCGGGUCUUAUGCCGAGUAUGGCAUCGGUUCAGAGCAGUACAGAUGGAUGAAGGCGGAUAUUGGGAAGGUGGAUAGGAGGAGGACGGCGUGGGUGGUGGCGGUGGUGCAUGCGCCGUGGUAUAAUUCGAACGAGGCGCACCGAGGGGAGGGGGAGGGGAUGAGGAAGGUGGCGGAGGAGCUGAUUUAUGAGGGACGUGUGGACGUCGUCUUUGCCGGGCAUGUGCAUGCAUACGAGCGCUUUACAAGGGUGUAUAACAACAAGGAAGAUGAGUGUGGUGCCAUACACAUCACGGUGGGCGACGGAGGAAAUAGAGAAGGGUUGGCCAGCAAUUAUAUAAACCCGCAGCCAAGCAUCUCUUUGUUCCGGCAGGGGAGCUUCGGCCAUGGCAAGCUCGAAGUCGUCAACUUCACACAUGCAUUGUGGACGUGGCACCGCAAUGAGGACGAUGAGCCGGUUGUUGCCGACAGCGUGUGGAUCACGAGCCUUGCGACCAAUCCGGCUUGUGUGAAAACCAAGUGAAGAUGUGGAGCUAUGUGAUUUCUUUCAUGGGAGAUUGGUAUAGCUAGCUAGCUCCAAUUUGUUAUUAUAUAUAAAGGUUUUUUUUUUCUUUUUUUUCUUUUUAGUGAAAGA